UCUAUUUUGUUCCUUCACCAUCGAUGCAGCAGUCGUGUUGCACUUGACACUUGGGUACGUCAAUUGUUCGAGUAACGGAGCGGUGGUAGAUGGAAGAUAGGAAUAAUUUCGGUCUGGCCGAAAGGGUUCCCUCGUUUCCCGCAAAGCUUGGUAGACUGCUGUAUGCUUCACAGAGCAGUCUAGCUGGGAAAUGAACAGCUUAUCGUACUUUCCGUACCAAUAGCAAUACAGCUCAGUGAGUGAAUUUAGCUGUAGUCCCUAAAAUACAGUUAGUUGUAUCAAAGGUGGUUGAACUCUUUCUCCCAUGUCGGCCAUCGCCAAACGGUUCUUGUCGACCGUCACAAUCAAGUCGGCACCGUCCAAGGCUCACCACCACCAGCCUCUGCCUUCGACAACGUUACCUGCGGGAUAUCUCCUUACUGGCAUCCAUGCAGGCAUUAAAAAGGUCCCUGGAACGCCUGAUGUAGGCAUCAUACUCUCGACAUCGACUCGUCCAACGUCAGCAGCAGCCUGUUUCACCCGAAAUGCCUUCAAAGCCGCACCAGUCGUCGUUUCUCAGGAAGUUCUUAACAAAAAUGGUGGUAGGGCACGGGCUGUCGUCGUCAACAGUGGCUGCGCCAACGCGGUAACGGGGAAGCAAGGGCUAGAGGAUGCAUGGACGAUGGUCAAGGAAACCAACUCGCUCCUCUCCUCCCACCCAGAUUUUGAUAAUGACACGCUCGUCAUGUCGACAGGCGUCAUUGGCCAGAACCUUCCCAUUUCCAAAAUCGUCUCCGCUAUUCGUUCCCAGCACGCUGACCAGCCCUCUACACGCUCAUUGGACAGCGAUUUCGAUGCCUGGGAGCGUGCUACAAGGGCUUUCAUGACGACGGACACGUUUCCAAAGCUUCGAUCCCGUGUUUUCACCAUAAAAGGGGUACAAUACCGAAUGGCAGGAAUGGACAAGGGUGCUGGGAUGAUUCAUCCUGACAUGGGCCCUCCGGUAGGCUCACAGCUCCACGCGACGCUCCUUGGGUGCAUCAUGACAGACGCAGCUGUCUCUCCGCGGAGCCUGCAGAACGCGUUGACUUACGCUGUCGACCGAAGCUUCAACUCCAUCAGCGUUGACGGGGAUAUGUCUACUAAUGAUACGAUUCUGGCCCUUGCUAACGGUGCUGCUGCUUCGGAUGGUACUGGAAAUUAUGCAGAUGAGAUCGAUGAGGAGACAGACAAAGUGUCUUAUGAGGACUUCAAGCAAGAGUUGACUGCGUUCGCGAUUGAUCUGGCCAAGUUGGUCGUUAGAGACGGCGAAGGCGCCACCAAGUUUGUCACGGUGACUGUCAAGGGUGCAGCGACAUAUGAAGAUGCACACAAGAUUGCCUCUCGAAUAUCGACUUCUGCUCUUGUCAAGACCGCACUCUACGGUGAAGACGCCAACUGGGGUCGUAUCCUUGCAGCAACAGGCUCCGUGCCAUUGACAGUUCCUCUCGACCCUCAAAAAGUCAGCGUAUCCUUCAUUCCCUCCGAUGGUACCUCAGCUCUUCCCGUCCUCGUCAACGGUGAGCCGGAGAAUGUUGAUGAGGAGAGGGCCAGCGAGAUUCUAGGUCUGGAAGAUUUUGAAUUGUGUGUAGAGCUUGGAGGACUGGGGACAGAGGAAGCAAAAUAUUGGACUUGCGAUUUCAGCUAUGAAUAUGUUAGAAUAAAUGGUGAUUACCGCUCAUGAUAGACAGGGUGUAGGAGGUGAUGGGCUGCUCGACAAUUUGACCUUUGUAUAUAUCAGACUACUCCUCAACAUGU